AGAAAAAUGAUGUAACUUUUGCCGGCUUUCAGUGACAGUUACCUUCACAUAGCGUACAAAGAGAAACGGCAGUCUGUCCGUCAGAACUUUCUCUACCGCUCGGUUCAGUCAAUGGCUCGGUGUCGUUAGUGUCGGUGAAAGCGCUAAUUUACAGCCGUUUCUCCGUUUAUUUUCAGUACAGGAAAAGCAUGAAUCCGGCUCGGUGCUGCUCGGUGUUUUUCGGCCAGCUGCGUGUGUCGUCACGAGGUGGACAGGUAGCGAGGAGACCGUUUCCCCCGGGAGGAGUGUCAUCCCCGGCGGGGACACGGUGCUGUCACCCCGGUGUAGCAGCAGGAGGAGGAGGAGGAGGAGGUGGGGGAGUCAAUGGGACCAGUCCACAGAUGAAGCCGAGCGGGGUAUCCAACACUGCGACAACACCAGUUUGUCCAAUGGGCAGCAGCAGCAGCAGGUUGUUUGGCACAUUAGCCCAAUCACUGAACAGCCCCCCCCUGGCCCAACCAGACCUGUACCCAGAGGAGAACCCAGACGAGGACCUGGACCAGGGCCUAGCUGAGAUCGACCCUGACCAGCUGCUCAGGGAGUGCGAGGAGGCCCUGCAGAGUCGUCCAGCCCGUCCUCACAGAGACCUGGUCUUACCAAGUGGCUUGGCGCCCUGCCGCCAAAAGCACAACCCCUCCAUACGGAUCAUGCAGUGGAAUAUACUCGCACAAGCUCUGGGCGAGGGGAAGGACGGGUUUGUCCGCUGUCCACUGGACGCUCUCAAUUGGCAGGAGAGGAAGUACCUGAUCCUGGAGGAGAUUCUCACCUACCGCCCUGACAUCCUGUGCCUCCAGGAAGUAGACCACUACUAUGACACUUUCCAGCCAAUCCUGGCCAGCCUGGGUUACCAAGGCACCUUCCUAGCUAAACCGUGGUCUCCCUGUCUGGACGUAGAGCAGAAUAACGGUCCCGACGGCUGCGCUCUGUUUUACCGCCGCUCCCGCUUCUCCUUGCAGUCCACAGCUCACCUGCGGCUGUCGGCCAUGAUGCUGCCCACCAACCAGGUAGCCAUCGUUCAGACGCUGUGCUGCCGUCUAACGGGUCAGCGUCUGUGCGUGGCUGUCACACACCUGAAAGCCCGUAGCGGCUGGGAGAGGCUGCGUAGUGCGCAGGGUGCCGACCUCCUGCAGAGUUUACGCAGCAUCACGUCCCGCUGUGGCAGCCGCGGCGAUAGCGAGGGCACUGUCCCUCUGGUGGUGUGCGGGGACUUUAACGCCGAGCCCUCUGAAGACGUUUACAGACGCUUUAGCUCCUCCCCUCUCGGCCUAAACUCGGCAUACAAGCUGCUGAGCUCCGAUGGACAGACAGAGCCCGCCUACACCACGUGGAAGAUCCGCCCCUCAGGAGAGAGCUGCAGCACUCUGGACUACAUCUGGUACUCCCGUGAUGCUUUAAGUGUGGAUUGCCUGUUGAACAUUCCCUCGGAGGAGCAGAUCGGCCCAGACCGCCUCCCCUCUUAUCACUACCCCUCUGACCAUUUAUCGCUGCUGUGUGACAUCAGCUUCAGGGAGGAGCCUCAUAGGUUGAUGUAGGCGGCCAAUCACAGUGGCCCUGGACCAAAAGGAGGACUGAGUGAGAAAAACCUUUGCUGCAAACCAGAGGAGCAACCUGACCGUGACAUCAUCACCUGGUUUCUGUCAGACAGCAGAAAGUGGGCGGAGUCAUUGGGGAGGGAAUAAACCUGAUUGGAGUUUUGAUUAUCAGCAUCAUGAGACUGAUGUGAACCCUCAAGCUGUGUUCAGACCAAAAGUGAAAUCUAACUUUCAAACAAUAAAUAAACACAUGAAGUCAACUCAAAGAUGAAAGUAGCAGCAGGCAUCUCAAAAACACAAAUUAAAAAAAAAAAAUCACCUAACGUUAAAAGGUCACCGAUUUCUCAAAAACAGGUCAUCAAACUGGGACCUGGUACUGAUCCUAGCUAACAGGUCUUUAAACUGGGACCUGGUACUGAUCCUAGCCUACAUGUUGAAAACGUUUGGCCUGAACACAGCUCCACAAACCUGUGUCACCUGAAAUGAGACACUGUGAUGUUACUCUUGCCGAACUCUUUGAUCCUUGGACUUGUUUAGAAGUGGGCGGCGUUAGGAGUCACACUGGAGCCCGUUGGCCUCCUUUGUGUUUUAAAACUAAAUGUCAUGUUUCAUUUCCUGUACUUCCGCUGAGAAGGCAGCUAAGAGGUUCAUCUGCAGUUAUUUAUUGUUUUUAAAAAUGCACAUUAGACUUUUGUUACUUAAUUUUAUUAAUUUAUUGUUUUAACUUUCCAUCAGUUGUUUAUUUUCUCACCAGUGUUUUAAAUCUUAUUUUCUUUAAUUGAUGGUUCUUCUGAAUGACGACGUCGAUCAUGAACAUGUUGCUGCUUUGACUUCCUUGAACACGGGGAGGGGAGAUGUUGAUAUGGAUGAAAUAAAGUUAUUAUUUUAAUCCUAA